AUGCCUACCACAUCUAGAUAUUUAAACAGUCACUUACGAAUAAGAAACAUCAUGGAAGUCGAGGAUAAGAUACAAAGCACUAAAAUGGAAAACGUUCAAGUAAACGAUUUGAACGAUUUCUUUAUAGAAAUGUUCGAGCUCAAGGACAUUUGCGACGACUUUGUAGAGCUAUUUAGAAAGGAGGAGCGAUAUUACUCCAACGAGGAGAAAUACAAUGAGCUCCUCGAAGAAGAAGCUAUAAUGCUUGAUUCUAUCCACAGCUUAACGGAUGGAAUAAAAGAACGCUAUCCGAAUGUAAUAGAAGCAUUUUAUGAAAGAAGAAUGCAUCGGAUGGAAGCCAAAAUGAUGAAAGCCUUCGAUGAAGUGGCAAAGAAACCACGAAUGCCAAAACAAGAAGAUAAAUAA